AUGUUACCAGAAGAAAGAAAGAGUUUUUAUAGUUAUGCAUAUAUUACUGUUUAUCGCAUCGAUCACCAGAUGACUAACAAGUUCAAGAGGUCUAGAUAUGGGUGUCAGAAUUGUAAAACCGAUAAAGUCAAGUGUGAUGAAGGGAAACCCAGUUGUGGCCGUUGUGUCAAGAGAGGAACUCCUUGCAAUUAUAACGUUCAGUUACGAUGGUCUCUAUCAAACGCAAAAGUUCAGAAACAACCAAAACUAAGACAUCGAAAACUUGUCCAAAGUUCGUUGAAUCGCGAUGUCGUCUCACAAGAGCUCAUGACUUGUCUUCAAACAAGGACGAUGACUGACAUGGAACCUGUAAACACCAUUAAUACGGCGAACGAUGAUAUGUUCCAAUCUUUCUUAUCUAUGUUUAAUAUGCCUGGGAACUAUAACAUCUCCCCGUUCGAUUUAAUCCCUCAAAACUUAGUUCUACCUUCAGCUUCUGUACUAUCGAAUAUACAUAUUGAAUCUUUGAGUUUACCAUUACCAUUACCUCGGUUAUUAACAGAGUCACCAUAUAAUAUGGAUUUGUUUGAAUUUUAUAUAAAGGAGACUAGUAGUCUCUUAACUCCCACACAAGAAUCCCCGUUUUUCAAAAAUCCUUUUAAAUUCUUAAUUUCCCAAAUGGCUGUUCAGUCAGAUACAUUGAUGAACAUUUUAUUAGCCUUUAGUGCUAACCAUAAAAAUCAAAUAACUAAUCAAAUAGAAGAGUUAGAUGAUAAUGGAAACGUAACUGAUAAAAGACAAGCAGAAUGUUCAGAUAUUCCAUUAUCAAUACAAAACAUUUUGUCACCUUUACACACAUUAAGAGACUCACACAAGAACAAGACCUUUGUAAAUGAUCUUCUGUCAAAGACAAUAAACGAUUUGACCAAACAAUUAAGAAAUGUUACAGAUAGAACUAGUGAUACAACAUUAGCUACUGUAUUGAUGUUGACCCUAUUUGAUAUUUUCUUUGGGGAUAAAAGGAGGUCAUGGAGAGAACACCUUGAUGGUGCAAGGAAUUUAUUUGCUGAACGACUUAAACAAUCAAAUAUCGGGGGUGUAGAUGACCUUACAAUCAUACUACCAUUCGAUACACAAAUAUCAACCAAUUUUUUAUUUUGGUGGUUCUCAUAUGUGGACAUCGUCGCUUCACUGUCAUCGGUUAGUCCCUUUUCCUCGUUAAAACAGACCAAUUUGUCCACAGAUUCUCCAAAUCCAAUGAAUAGUCCUAUCUUUAGUUAUCGUUUCCCUAAUUUCUGUAAAACUCAAACAGACUUGGACUAUCUAAGCGAAAAGAGAGCCAAUUUGGAUGAUAUAGAACGUGGUAUAGGUGUUGAUCCUAAAAUUUUAUCACUAAUGGGAGACAUAUCUGUUUUAAUAUACUUUCAUGACGAUUUUGAUACCAGUAGUCCGAACCAAGAUACACUAGUUAGAGCUCUCGAACUUGAUCACAAUCUACAAGAAUAUGUGAGAAUCUCUGAAAAAGAACGUGAUCAAGUAAUGAAUAAAUUGAAACACGACAGCCCUGAUGUUAUGUCAGACAAACUCGAAGCAUACAAGAUUUUGAGGGCAACAAAUAUUGUUUUUGCCUUUAGUGGACUAUUGCAGUUGAAGAGAAGAAUUCUAAGGAUUCCCUUGUCAAGUACCAUCAUUAAGGAUAUCCUGAAAAAGAUAACAAAGUUAAUUGAUCAUUACAUACCAGUUCCCUCCUCAACAACAUCCUGUAUCAUUUUCUGUCUCUUCUGCUGUGGCUGUGAUUUAAUAGAUCCAGGAAUGGAACAAUAUCGACACAUUUAUCUGGAGAGAAUAGACCAACUGACAAAGAAGGGGGUAAGUAGUGUCUUAAUAGCCAAAUCAAUCAUGUUAGAGUGUUGGCGUGACAGCAAAAACUGGUGGGACAUCCUAUUAGAGAAGGACCUAGAUUUGACAUUUGCCAUUUAA